ACAUUAAGAGGGAAUUGUCAAAUGAAGAACAAUUGAAAAAAUGCACUGUAAUCUCACUAGCUGAUUGUCAUAUGAUUAGUGAGAUUGGUGCUCAAGGUUUGGAUUGUCCAAAACUUGAAUUUUUCAAUACAAGGAUGAAAGGUUCUUCUGAAAUCCCUGAAGAUUUUUUUGUGGGGAUGGAAAACCUCAAGGUUCUAAGUUUCUUUCACCUAGAUGAAUUGUCCUUGCCAACAUCUCUUGGUCUCCUCACAAAUCUUCAAACGUUAUGUUUGGAUUAUGGCACAUUUUCAGAUAUAACAUUCAUUGGAGAGUUGAGAAAACUAAAGAUUCUUAGCUUGCGACAUUGUAAGAUUGAACAGUUGGCUGAAGAAAUAAGUAAAUUGACUCAAUUGAGGUUAUUAGAUUUAAGUAAUUGUUGGAAACUGAAAGUUAUAGUACCGAAUGUUAUAUCAAGCUUAUCUCAAUUGGAAGAAUUGUAUAUGAGCGGAUGCUCUAUUUUGUGGAAGGUUGAAAUACUUGAGAAGUUGAGGCAUUUAUCCAAAUUGACAACUUUGGAAAUAGAUAUUUCAGAUGAUCAAAUUUUACCAAAAGACUUCUUCUCCAAAAAGUUGGAAAGGUACAAAAUAUCAAUUGGAAAUGCGGCUACUAAGUUUGGUGGGUCCUCCAUACAUCUUGGUGAUGGGAAGUUCAUGAAUGUUGAAAGUUGUUGGUUUAAUAAGCCUACUUUAACAACACUGAAACUGAAUCUUAAUUCUUUCAUUUGGCACGGGGAAUUGCAGUUGUUACUGAAUGUUGAAUUCUUAUGCUUAGAGAAAUUGCAGGGUAUGAAGAAUGAUCUCUCUGAAUUAGACAAGAAGGGUUUUUCUCAAUUAAAAUAUCUUCAUGUCCAUAAUAAUCCCAACAUCUUAUGCAUUGUUGACUCAACAAAGUGCAAAUCUCAUGAUGCCUUUCCACACUUGGAGUCUUUGGUUUUUUUCAACUUGACGAACUUGGAAAAGAUAUGUUAUGGUCUACCCUCAACAAAGUCUUUCUUCCACCUCAAAUUUAUAGAAGUGAAAAGUUGUGAUAAGUUGGAAAAUAUCUUCUCAUUCUCCAAUGCUAGCAAAAGCCUUCCACAACUUCAAUUAAUUAAGGUGGAAGAUUGCAAGAAUUUGACUGAGAUUUUUGCUGUUGAAAGUAAAAAUAAAGCAAACAAGAAUGAGGUAAUUGAUAAGAUUGAAUUUUGUCAAUUACGCUUCUUGACUUUGAUUAAUCUUCCAAGGAUUGCGAGCUUCUACUCAAAUGCAAAUACAGUUUCAACAUCGCAAAAGACACAGAAAGAAUUGACAAUUAAUUUGGAGUCCAGUGAUAUCAAUUCGGAGGAUGAGAAAAUUGAUACUGUCAUACCAUUUUUUAACCAAAAGGUUGUUUUUCCUUGUUUGGAAGAAUUAACGCUUGGAGCAAGUAAUUCUAAGAAGAUUUGGGACAACAAACUUCCAACAACCUCUUAUUGCUAUCAGAAUUUGAAAAAAUUGAUUGUGGAUGGCUAUCAAAAACUAAAAUUUGUAUUUCCAUCAUCUAUAAUCAAAAGCUUUGAGCAGCUUCAACACCUUGAGAUAAGUUGUUGCAAGGAAUUAAAGGAGAUUAUUGUCAGAGAAGAAACAGAGGGUACUACUACAUUUAUCUUUCCAAGGGUAACUUUUCUGAAAUUCAAAGAAUUGCCAGAGCUUACAACUUUAUACAAUGGAAAAUACAACUUAAAUUGGCCAAUGUUAAAGGAGUUGGAGAUGCGUGAUUGUAGCAAAGUAGACAUAUUUACUUCAGAAAAUAAGGUUGUUGUCCCCAAUUUGGAGGUCUUAAAACUACGUUCAUCCAAUUGUGAAAUACUCUGGGAUAGUCAACUUGUGGCAACUUCUUCUUGCUAUCAAAACUUGACAAGCUUGAUCCUGAAUGGUUGUGGAAAACUCCAAUAUGUAUUUUUAUCAUCCAUGGUGAAAAGCUUUGAGCGGCUUGAACACAUUGAGAUACGCAAUUGUAGUGUUUUGAAGGAGAUUAUUUCAAAAGGAGUGGAAGCAAACAAGACAUUUGUAUUUCCACGAGUAACCUCUCUAAAAUUGGAGAAUUUGCCCGAACUUGCAACUUUCUAUCCUGGAGUACACACUUCUAAAUGGCCAGUGUUAAAGGAGUUGGAGUUGUGUAAUUGUGACAAAAUAAAAAUAUUCACUUCAGAAUAUAUGAGCUUCCAUGAUAAUAAUGAGGGUCAACAUGAUAUUUGGGAGAAACAAUCCCUCUUCUUGGCCGAAAAUGCUGUUUUUCCUUGUUUGGAAGAAUUAAAGCUUCGAGCAACUAAUUUUGAGAAGAUUUGGGACAACAAACUUCCAACAACCUCUUGUCGCUAUCAGAAUUUGAAAAAAUUGAUUGUGGAUGGCUGUCAAAAACUAAAAUUUGUAUUUCCAUCAUCUAUAAUCAAAAGCUUUGAGCAGCUUCAACACCUUGAGAUAAGUUUUUGCAAGGAAUUAAAGGAGAUUGUUGCCAAAGAAGAAAUAGAGGGUAUUACUACAUUUAUCUUUCCAAGGUUAGCGUUUUUGAAACUGGAAAAAUUGCCAAAGCUUACAACUUUACACCAUGGAAAAUACAACUCAAAUUGGCCAAUGUUAAAGGAGUUGGAGAUACGUGAUUGUAGCAAACUAGACAUAUUUACUUCAGAAUAUGAGAUUAACCUCAAUUUGGAGAAAUUAACCCUAAGCAGAGUGGAUGACAUGAUAACAUUGCUGCAUCAGUUUCCAGAAAACUUUUGUAGAUGUACAAUUGAGAUCGAACAGGAUAAAUCUGCCAAUAUUUCGGUUGGCAUCCUUCAGAGAUCGGUUAAGCUGGAAAAACUCAUUCUCAGUGACUGCUCAUAUGAGGAGAUAUUUGCAUGUGGAGAGGAUGAGAAACAUACACAGACAUUGAUACGCAUAAAAAGUUUGGAGUUGAGUAAUCUUUAUGAUGCGAAGUACCUUUGGGGAAAAAGCUCCAAACUAGACUCUCUUCUUCAAAAUCUUGAAGUUCUAGAAGUAAGAUAUUGUUAUAGAAUGAUAAAUGUUCUGCCAUCCUCAGCAUCUUUUGAGAAUCUAACAGUUUUGAAUGUACAUUCGUGUGAUGGAUUGAUGAACUUACUCACACCUUCAAUAGCAAAAAAUUUGGUGCAGUUGAGAGAAAUGAAAAUUGAAUUUUGCAAAAUGAUGACAGAAAUAGUAUCAAAUAAGACAGAAGAUGUAGCAGCAGAAGAUGAAAUUGUUUUUGGCAAACUGAAGUUGUUGUCACUUGAAUUCUUGGAUAGUCUCACAUGCUUCUGCUCUGGGAAUUUUGCGUUGAAAUUCCCGUCUUUGGAAGAAUUGGUUGUGGUUGGUUGUCCUAAGAUGAAGACUUUCUCUGCAGGAAACUUAAACACACCAAGUUUACAGAAAGUUCAACAACAUUGGCGGGAUAAAGGCAAAUGGAGUUGGAAUGGUCACCUAAAUACAACCAUACAGCAACUGUAUGAAAAAGAGGUUAACUCUAAGUCAAUGGAAUUGACACUAAGUGGAAAAGACGUCACACUUUUAUGGCAAGACCAGCUUCCAGAACAUCAGUUUUCCAAAGUGAAAAUUCUUGAGAUCAUUAAAGAUGAAUCAUCUAACAUUCCAAUUGGAAUCCUUCAAAGAUUUAACAAUCUCAAAAAACUUGUACUAAUAUCGAGUUCAUAUGAAGAGAUAUUCUCAUGUGAAAAAGAUGAGAAACAUGUAAGCAUGCUUGCACAAAUAAAGGAACUAGAGCUAUGGGGGCUUUUCAAUUUGGAGUACACGUGGAAAGAAAAAUCUCAUCUGGGCUCAAUUCUUCAAAAUCUUGAAAUGUUAGAUGUAAAUUUUUGCCACAAUUUGAUUAGUAUAGUGCCGUCUUCAGCAAUUUUUGAAAAUCUCAUUACUCUAGAAGUAUGGUAUUGUGAUGGAUUGAUAAACUUAGUAUCAUCUUCAACAGCCAAAAGUUUGGUGCGACUCGAACAAAUGAUAUUGUCACAAUGUAAAAUGAUGGCAGAAGUAGUAUCAAGUGAGGGGGGUACAAAAACCGAGGAAAUUGUUUUUGACAAAUUAAAGCUGUUGGCAUUUGAUAAUUUAAAAAAUCUCACAAGCUUCUGUGCUGGUAAUUAUGUCUUCAAAUUUCCAGCUUUGGAAGAAUUGAUAGUUUGUGAAUGCCACAAUAUGAAGACUUUCUUUGAAGGAGUCAUAAGUGUACCAAGUUUACGAAGAGUAAAACAAGAAGAGGAUGACGACUUAGGAUGCUGGGAGGGUGACCUUAAUACUACUAUUCAAUUUCUACACAGCAAAAAGUGAAUAUUCGGAGUUCUGGAAGGAUACAGAGCAAACUUCAAUGAAAUCUCUGGAAUAGAGCUCUUUUGUUUGUGGUUUGUGAGGCAUUAUUGCGGCCCAAGUUUCCUGUGUUGAGGUCAGA